CCCCUCCUGUGAACUAAAGAGUCGCCGCGGACAAGCAGGCCCCCAGAUGGGGAGCCAGCCUCUGAGGUGGCGGGCCCUGCCCGGCCUCCCAUGCCCUCCUGGGCCCCCCACAGCCCCCUGGCUCCUCCUUGGCCUGCUGCUGCUGCCCGGGACCCUGCGACUGGCAGGAGGACAGUCAGUGACCCACACUGGCCUGCCCAUCGUGGCCUCCCUGGCCAACACAGCUGUCUCCUUCAGCUGCAGGAUCACCUAUCCAUACACUCCCCAAUUCAAGGUUUUCACAGUCAGCUACUUUCAUGAAGAUCUCCAGGGACAAAGGAGCCCUAAGAAGCCGACCAACUGCCACCCUGGACUGGGCACAGAGAACCAGAACCACACCCUGGACUGCCAGGUCACCCUUGUGCUGCCGGGUGCAUCAGCCACUGGCACCUACUACUGCUCUGUCCGCUGGCCACACUCCACGGUGAGAGGCAGCGGCACCUUCAUCCUGGUCAGAGACGCAGGGUACCGAGAGCCCCCGCAGAGUCCACAGAAGCUCCUGCUCUUUGGCUUCACCGGCCUCCUGAGUGUCCUGAGUGUAGUGGGCACGGCCCUGCUGCUCUGGAAGAAGAAGCGGAUGCGGGGUCCAGGGAAGGACCCCACCAGGAAGUGCCCAGAUCCAAGAUCUGCCAGCAGCGCCAAGCAGCAUCCUUCAGAAUCUGUCUACACAGCUCUGCAGCGCCACGAGACCGAGGUCUAUGCCUGCAUCGAGAGUGAGGAUGGCAGCCCACCCGCCGCCAAGCAGAGCCCCCUCUCCCAGGAGAGACUGUAUAGAUUCGAAGAUGCUGGCGAACUUAACCUGGUCUAUGAAAAUCUCUAGGCUGGGCUGCACUGUUCAUAGAGCUUGCCCUGGGUCAGAGGACCGGGGCAGCCCCUGCCACCAAAGGACUUGACCUGAGUUGGGAGUAAGGCCCCCAGGGACACCCCAUCAUUUCACCCUCACAUUCAAGGCCCUUCCUGCCUUGGCCGGCUCCACUGCCCCCCAUUCUAUGCCCCAGCCGCCAAGGCUUUCCCAUCUUGGGGCCUUUGCCCAGGCUGUUCCUUCUGCCAGGCAGGCCCUUCCUCCCUUGGCCCAACCAGCAAAGUGCCCCUCAGUCUUCAAGGGCUUUCCUGGAUGCCACCCUUGCCCACAGCCCUGCUCACUGCCGCAUGCUGACGGAGCAGCAUGCUCUCUUGGCUCUCUUGGCACCAGCCUGCACCUCAGCCAGCAGGGCAGCCUCUGAGUUGAGGGAGGACCCUGCAAGGGCACCUAGCACUGCUGUGUGGGGAGCCGAGGUAUGGAGGAGCUGGGGAGCAGCUAUGCAAAUCCCUACCUGCCCAGCUGGGCCAGAGGCAUGAGGCAGCCAGGCAGGGUGGGAGCAGGGGCUGGCGUGAGAGGUCUGGGGGACAGACAAGGAUGAUGGACCCCGCAGAGGAAAGACUGGGAUCAGGGACAGAUCUGGAGGCCCAGGACAUGGCUGAGAGGUGGUCAGCGGGCUGGGGGCAUGGAGCAGAGAGGGCUUGGGUACAAGCCAGUGAGGAAGGAGACUCUGGCAUGUUUGGGGUGUGGGCAGAGGGACAGAUGAGGGGAGGAGGGUGCUGGCUAAACAGGAGCUGAAUGAAUGGCCUGAAGCUCCCCCUCCCAGGGGUUCCCACUCCUAUUGGCCUGGCCCUGUACAGGCACUGUGUCACCUCCUUGGUCACCCUCUGCUCCAGGACUUCUCCACCGCAGGACCUCAGCUGUCCCUCCUUCUACCCAAGGUGGAGUCCCCCAAAGUCCCUUCUGUCUGGCCUAUCCUGUGCCCACCACCUGUGGCUUCAUCCAGCCCUCCUCCUCUAUCUUUAUCUGCCAUAGGCCCCAGCCCUGGCCCCCUGUGGAUUGAGGUCCCAAGCGGUCCAGCUGUGGGGUUUGGUGCUGGGACCCUCAAUGGCAGCCGGAAGGUCCCUCUGAGGCAGAAGCUCAGGCCCUAUGGGGACAGUGGCUCCCCAGUGCCUGGCCCUGAGCCAUUUCCGCUGUUUCGAGUGCCCACAUCACCCUCAUUUCCUCCUCACAGCAGCUCUGCACUGUGGCCAGAAACCCAUCCACAGGCAGGCAGUGGCUGGGGUCCGGGUGGCCCCGGGCUGUUGGGCUCUGCUUCCUCCCUCUGCUCCCCCAUGUCUCCCUGAAUUCUCCUACCUUUGCUCAUUUGUAAAAUGGGCAGGUCAAUCUUCCCACCCCACCGUGUGGGCUGCCCCAACCCCAAAUGUGCCCAGGGAGGGUGGGGAACCCAAGGCACAGGCCCCACCCCUGCCCCAAGCAGCACUGGGCUACCGGCUCGCAGAGGUACCUUUGGUUCUGCGGGUCAUGCCCCUCCCUGCAGGGAAGGGAAAGCUGGUGGUGGAGGCUGAGCACAGACUGACCUCCAGAAGAAGUCCCUCGGCCCUGCUAGGGUGGCGCCAGACUUCUCUGGUUCCACAGGACAGCCAGUGGCCUCCCAGCUUGGUUCUGGGCCCCCACCUGCAGGCACACAGGGCAAGGAGGGCUUUAGCAGGCUGGAAUAACCGAGUGGCAAGGCCCCUGCUCCCAGAGGCUGGAUUUGAAUGAACUCCGGGCCUGUUUGGGGAGGUGAAGCUGCCAGGUGUGCACAGGGGCCUCCUAGGCUCCUGGCUCCACCAGCCUGAGGUGGGGGCAAGGGUCAGGGCAAUGGGGGACAAUGCCGCUCAGGGUGCAGUGAGCUCCCCUGGGAAAACCGAAGCCAGCAAGACCAGGAGAGGGCCACCUCACUGGGCCUGCCUCCCCCACCUCCUGGGCCUCUCUGACCUCAACUCCUGGACCCUGGACCCUCUGGCUGGGACUCAGCAUUUUCCAGUCUUUUUCAGGGGUAGAGAGGGGAGCCUGGAUUAAACUUUACCACUGUGCCCUGGCCCUGGCAUCACCAACACGGCCUCCCUGCAGCUGCCCUGCCCCCGACAGACCCCCGAUUAAACCCACACCUGGCCUUGGCCUCCCCUGCUCCAUACCUUGCAUGGUUUUUGCCUCACCUGGAAUAAAAUUCCAACUCCUC